UUUACUGGCGUAACAGCAGAAAGAUGUUUGUCUACAACUAGUUUAACUUUGUUAUUUGUUUAAUUUAACCGUAAAUUCCGUCGUCUUUUUGAUCGGUUGACUUUACAGUAAGAUAGAUAACUUGUACAUCUGCCGCGAAGAUGACUGCUGCAGAUGGAGAGAAAUCAUUUGUAUUUGACCUCCUAUCCAAGCGCCAUCAAAGACAGUUAACAAGUGUUCGACACAAGACGACAAUACAGUAUGCUGCACGACCUGACAUGGCAAAGCUGGCCUAUAGGAAACUGCCAGGGAAAAGUCCCGGAGUGGUGUUCCUGCCAGGUUUUGCCUCCAUCAUGGGCGGUCAGAAAGCAGAAGCCUUAGAGGAAUUUUGCAAAUCAUUAGGCCACUCAUAUCUCAGGUUUGACUAUUCUGGCUGUGGAUCCUCUGAAGGAGAAAUGAAAAACUACAACAUCGGUGCCUGGAAGAGAGAUGUGCUAUAUAUACUGGAUGAACUUGUAGAGGGACCACAGAUUCUGGUAGGUUCCAGUAUGGGCGGUUGGCUGAUGCUGCUUGCGGCUCUUUCACGCCCAGAGAAGAUCGCUGCUUUAGUGGGCAUCUCGACGGCCGCUGAUUACUUUGUCACAGCCUUCCAUGCGCUGCCAAUAGAGACAAAGAAGCAAGUAGAAGAACAAGGCUUUUGGAAGUUCCCUACCAAGCACAAUGAAGAAGGUUUCUAUACUUUGAGCUUGGACUUUCUGAAGGAGGCGGAGAACCACUGCAUACUUCACAGCCCCAUCCCUCUGUCCUGUCCGGUACGUCUCAUCCACGGGAUCAAGGACUCCGACGUCCCCUGGCACGUCUCCAUGCAAGUUGCAGAACGCGUGCUUAGUAACGACUUAGACGUCAUUCUUCGCAAAAACGGGCAACACCGCAUGUCAGAGAAAGAUGAUAUUAAACUCAUUGUGUACACCGUAGACGAUCUCAUUGAUAAAUUGACCACAUUAGGGUAAGGGGUCCUGAGAUGAAUCAAAGGAGAUUGUUUAAACACAUUUGACUUUCUCUGUUGUGUUGAACAGAAAUGGAGAAAUUUUGGAAAAUGUUUAUGCUGCUCUUUACAAUACCAUGAAAGCAUAGAGUAUUCCUUUUGUGUUCCACAGAAGAAAGUUAUUCAGUAUAGAAAAAACAUGAUUAUGUAAGAUUAAAGAGAUUCAGUGUUGAAAUGGGAAUUUUGUAUAUCGGAGCAAAUUGUUUUAUUUUUAUGCGCAUUAGUAAAUACAAUAAAUCCACAAAUAGACAUUAUAACCUCUGUCAACACAAAUGAAAAUGCCAAACCACAUGUGCUGUACCAGGACCUCACCCUACUUUGCCUUAUUGUUUAUGUUGUUUCUUGUAAGAGUUAUUGUAUUGUAGCUUUAUUAUAUUUUUAAAGUCAUUAUUAUUUUUACAUGUAGCCUAAGUUUUAUUUUUUGAUUGGUAUGAUCGUCUAAUGGGCUUACAUGACAAUGGCUAUUCUUUAAUUGUCUUCUUUCCCCUCUAAAGUACACAUCUAUAGACAGGUGCACCCUGUGUUUGUGUUUUGUAUGUUCUUGUCUAUAUCUUAUUUCAAAGUAUAUAUUUUUUAUUAUUAUAUUAAUAAUUUGGUACUUUUGUCAUGAAUAACAAAAUGCUUAAGGCAAUAUAAUAUUUUAUUUGAAAAGUGUAAUAUAGCUCAAAUUAUUAGCGAGGGUCAGCUAUGUUACCAUCAAACUCUGUUACCAAGGUAUAGUAACAGUGUUGACAGCCAUGUAUGUAUAUGAGAGAGAGUUUGUGUCUCUUUUGUGUAUGAAUUCCAGUUCUGUUACAUACUGUCAACACUGUUACUCUACCUUGGUAACAGAGUUGACACUCCCAUAUUUGGACAACAUGAAAUCAUGAUUUUCAGCUAUAUAAUACACUUUUAACAGAAAAUAUGAGAUAUGAUCCAUGACAAUGUUCCUGCAAUUAUAUAAUCACACCAUAUCAUCCAAAACAAUCUCCUUGACAUAAAAGGUUUUUUCUUUGUUGGAGAGAUUUUUGGUGCACUCAUGUUUUUUUUCAGGUUGAUUAUAAGUAUCAUCACAUUUCCUUCCUGGUCAAUGAUAUAAAGUUUUCAUAUUUAUGUCUUGUUUAACUGUAUGUAGAUUUAUACCUUCUAUGCCAAAUAUAGGAACUUUUUUGUUUUCCAUAUUAAAACAAAUUUCAAAAUAUAUUUUAAAAUGUAUAUCCUGUUUUCAAAUAUGUAUAAGUCUAUGAUGUGUACAUAAGUAGAUUUUUUUGUUAAUAAAGCUGUAUAAUGAUUAGA